CUGCUGGCCCUGGCCACCCACGUGCACUUCGACCACUCGGGCGGCCUGUACCAGUUUGACCGGGUGGCCGUGCACCAUGCCGAGGCCGAGGCCCUGGCUCGCGGAGACAACUUCGAGACGGUGACCUGGCUGUCCGACAGCGAGGUGGUGCGGGCGCCCAGCCCCGGCUGGAGGGCCCGGCAGUUCCGAGUGCAGGCGGUGCAGCCCAGCCUCAUCCUGCAGGAUGGGGAUGUAAUCAACCUUGGUGACAGACAGCUCACUGUUAUGCACAUGCCCGGUCACUCCAGGGGCAGUAUUUGCUUACAUGACAAAGACCGAAAGAUUCUCUUCAGUGGAGAUGUUGUGUAUGAUGGAUCGCUGAUUGACUGGCUCCCAUACAGCAGGAUAAGUGACUAUGUUGGAACCUGUGAACGUCUGAUAGAACUAGUGGACAGAGGUCUGGUAGAGAAGGUGCUUCCUGGGCACUUCAACACCUUUGGUGCUGAAAGGCUUUUUCGGUUGGCUUCUAACUAUAUUGCAAAAGCCGGGAUAUGUCACAAAGUUUCUACUUUUGCUAUGCGAUCUCUUGCAAGUUUAGCCCUACGUGUAACAAAUUCUAGGACCUCACCCUAAUACCUAUUCUAAUAACCUAUUUAGGUUAAUUCUAUAAAUUAAUCCAGUUCACUUUGUGCUGGUUAAAAUGAUUAAUGGUGAGCAUUUUAAAAAGUGCUAUUAUACUACUGUUGUAUAUUAGAGGGGGGAAAAAAAGUUUGAGAAUGAAUAAGCCAAAAAAGAAAGUUCUUAGUUUAAUUUUUUUCUUUCCUCCAAAUAAUAAACCUCUUAAGUAAGAUUAUAAUUUCCCAAAGCUGUCAUCUUGUAAUAUUUGCUCUAGAAGUGACAUAAAAAUAUAUAGGAAAGCAAGGAGGCAUUUUGUAGUAAGAGAACUAUCCUUGCCUCCCAUUUGUCUUAUUUCCUAGAUGACCUAGAAAAAGGGCAUGAAGUGUUAUGUUUAUACUCCAAACUUGAUAUUUUUAGUAUAUUAUUUAAAAGUAAAGAUUCUUGGGUUUAAAAUACAGUAGAACUAGAUAUAAACUAAGAUUUAGAAUGACAGCUAAAACAAUUCAUUGUUCUGAUACAGAAUUUUUAUACUUCAUUUUAUUUAUUCUUAAUGUAAUUAUCACAUACAUUAUGUGUUGUAUUAUUUUACUUAAAAAAGUACAAUGGAGUUUGUUUUAUUGCAAAGCUUUAAAUGUAAAUUGCAGAGUGCUUCAGUAAAGAGAUGUUAUAUAUUGUUGUUUGUUAUUAUGUGUGUGUAAUAUUUGUAAUCAUAAAAGUGAAUUUCAAAUGUCUGUAAUCUAACUACAAAUUGUCAGCUUUCUCAAAAGGACACUGUCAGGCAAACCUGAAAAAUAUACACAUUGAGAAUAAUUUUAUUAUAUCCUGUUUUAAUGUUAACAGCUAUUAUAAACAAAAUUUUUCUUGUGAAAUAGCAGCUUCAAUAUAUGUCAUAUUUUAUAGUAUCAAAACAACUAUAGAGAUCUACAACAUCCUGGUCUGAACCAUUCUUUUAUUUAACAUAACAUACACAUGAAGACUUUUCAAAAUAAUGGAAAAAUGUGCAUUAGAUAUUGACUUAGAGUGAAUUGCCUUUUUAAUCCUGAUUCACAACACCUAUUCCUGUUCAGUAUUCUUUGUCCUGAAUGAAAGGAAGUUUACAUUUGUAAAGUUAUAAGAAAGAUUAUACCACUAUUUAGUAAAAUGUUUUGGUUUGGUGCUCUUAAUUAUUAAAAAAUCUUUUGGAAUAGUUCAUAAAGGUUUUCUUAAAAAGUUUUUUCACUGCUUUUUUAUUAUUGACAUGUCCAAGACCAAACUGAAAUAGCUUUGGAAAUCAGAUUUUCAGUUUUAGGAAGGUCCAGCAAUUGAUUUCUGAAAAAUUAUGAAACUUUUCCUACCCUCCACCCACCCAGGUUCUUUAGUUUUUUAGUCACUCAACACACAUGUGCACACACCCACAUGCAUACACACAGUCACAUACAUACAUGCACAGCAUUGUGCUAAACACUGUGGAAGCUUAAAAAGUCAAAGAGACUACAUCCUAACUGGAAGUAGAAGGCAAACAAAAUGUGGAUAAUAUAUGCAGAUUGAAGUUGACAUGAAUUACGCAUGAGUGAGUGUCAGGGACAUAAAUGGAGGGAUGUGAAAUUGGGUUAGAGAAAGUUUCCUAAGGAGGGGAUUUGAGUCAUACUUGUAAGGAUGAUUUUCUAGGUAGUCCAGAUAGGAAAGAAAAAGAUUCAAGAUAGGGAUGGAAGCAUUGCUGUCUAGAGGAGCUAUUCCCUGUGACAAUUUAAAUUUAAUUUUCAGGAAUCUUAGAUCUUCUAAACACCAAGUAUUUAGCAUGAGAAAGAUGGGUUUGUGAUUGUGUAUAUAAGAAUAAUCCUUAAUGACAGACAAGCUGUACUGCCACAUGUGACCAAAUGAACCUUUAGUUAAAAUCAGUAAGAAGGCCAUGAUUGUUCAAUGUAAAAUAUCAUGGGCAUUUCUCUAUGAUAGUCAUUUAAGGCUGUAGGUCGGUUUCAGUUGAUAGUGCAACAUCAAGAAUAUAAAUUUGGUUCAGGGCAACUACAAACAAUCACUUAACGAGCCUUAAAUAUAGCCAUUAUUUUUUAUAUCAGUAGCACAAAAGAAAACCAAAAGUCCUUAACCAUUGACCAUUUUAUCGUACUUUUUUCAAAGGGUAUAGUAUGCACUAAUUUUUAUUAAGAAAUACUUAAACCCACUGAAGGUUUUAUUUCUUAAAAGUGCAGUUUUCCAAAACACAUUGAUUUAAUUUUUUUAGUUUUUCAAAUUGUACCAAAACAUAAGACUUUGAUAUUUUACUAUUGCUUCAAUAUGAACAAAUUGGGGAAAGCAUCUAUUAUUCAUUUAGUCCCAUGCCAUGAAUUUUUAAAUGUGCAUUGUUUAAUUUAAUCCUGGCUCCAGUGCCAAAAAGUAACUGACCAGCCUCAAACAACACAACUUUGGACAAAGCUGGUAAUUGAACAUAGGUCUCUCUGCCUCCUAAAUUGUGUGCUCUUUCUCUUAUACUUGCACAAUAACAUAAAAUUGGCAAAGUGUAUUUUUUUUCCAAGAUGCCAUAUGUGCCAAGAAUAAAUCAAGUGAUGUUAAAGCAUAAUAAUAGCAUAUUUUUAAAAAAGCUUUAAAAUAUAUAUAUAUAUCAACCUGACAGUGACCCUUGUUGUAAUUUAUGCUUUCUGGAAAUGAUAGCAUGUAAGUAUAAUUCAAAGUUGUCAAAAUGUGAGAAAUUUAGGAAUAAUUUUUAUUGUUAAUAACUGAAUCUUUGGAAAUUCAUUUUUCUUAUUUAGUGUUUCUUUUUAACUGAGACGUCUUAAACACAAACUUUGUAUGUUAUCCUGAUAUAGGUAAGUAAAUGAUUACGUGUAGUUGUUAUUAUAUGGAUAAUAAUAUGAAUGUGACAUGCACAAGUUGUCCUCAUAAUUUUCAGAUAAAUGUAAGUAAACGUGUGUGAUUAUUAUUAAAGUGGACAUUUUAUUUCAAUCUC